GAUAAAUACUAACACUGCUGCUUGAAGUUGAAACGCGUUUUUUUUUUGUUUAUUUUUAUUUUUUUUUUUCGGUGUGUUUUAUGUACGAAGGCACUUGUGUAUAGGGCAGCGAGCCUUCCUUCUACCAUUUCUUCUUCGAAUCUGUGUUUUUUUUUUCUGAGUUCGGAGGAAAGAAUCGUUUUCCCUUCCGAUAGAAGCCGGGAUCCUCCCCCCACUCCACUCCACUCCACUCCACACCACUCCACUCCACCCCUCCGCGGGCGGGCCGCGCUCGCGCUCCAGCUCCAGCCGCUCCGCGCAAAGCCAGAUGGCGUUUUCUUCUCCUUUAUUUUCCUAAAGUAGCGGGCCGUCAUGAGCUGCCUUUCCUUCACGACCGACUUUGGGCGCGAUCGACAUUUCACGUGGAUUAUCCAUCGGAAACAAUCAUGUUUUCUGGACUGAUCAUCAUCAUGGAUUAACUACGGUAAAACUUGUCUCCUCUUUUACUCCACGGGACUUGUCGUGAUGGAGUGUAAAAAGUGGACACGGGCCCUGGAAGUGCUCGCGCUGUGGCUGUCAUACAACUUCACUUGUUUGACCGUCGCAUCAUCGCGCGAAUUUAGUUAUUCCGUAUCGGAAGAGUUAAGACCGGGAUCCUUCGUCGGGAACAUCGUUAAAGACCUGGGACUCGACGUUCGGAGGCUUGUCGAGAGAAAUCUGCGGGUGGUGUCCGAGCCCGACGCGCAGUAUUUCGACGUGAACGCGGCGAGCGGAGCGCUCGUCAUCAGGCAGACCGUCGACCGUGAGCGCACGUGCGGACUGAACCCGACGUGUUUCGUGCGCUUCCAGAUCGUGCUGGAAAAGCCGCUGGAGGUGCACCGCGUCGCCGUGGAGAUCACGGACGUGAACGACAACGCCCCGCGCUUCCCCGGCGCGAACAUCUCCCUGGAGAUGUCGGAGGCGGCCGCUCCGGGCACCGCGGUCCGGCUGGAGAGCGCGCACGACCCCGACGUGGGCAUCAACUCCCUGCGCACCUACUCUCUCAGUGCCAACGACUGUUUCGUUCUGAAGGUGGAAAGCAAAAGCGACGGCAGUAAAUUCCCCGAGCUGGUCUUGGAAAAGCCUCUGGACAGAGAGAAGCGCUCGACCUUUCGCCUGGUGCUCACAGCCGUGGACGGGGGAACGCCGGAGAAGUCAGGCUCUACCACGGUCGUCGUUAAAGUACUGGAUGUAAAUGACAACGCGCCCGUGUUCGAGCAGCCUGUGAAAAGAGUAAGUCUGCUGGAAAACGUCCCCCGUGGUACUCUGGUGACUAAGCUGAACGCCACGGAUGCGGAUGACGGCGCCAACGGGGAGAUUUCCUUCCUGUUCAGUAAGUACACACCAGACCAUGUGCUCAAGACCUUCAGCGUGGACCCCAAAACCGGCGAAGUACGAGUCACGGGCCAGGUGGAUUACGAAAGAGCGGACGUGUAUGACAUCGCCGUGCAGGCCCGCGACCGAGGCAGCCCGGCCAUGGAGGGCUCCUGCAACAUCAAGGUGGAAAUCGCUGAUGUCAAUGACAACACCCCAGAGGUGACUGUAACUUCUCUGACCAGCCCUAUUAAGGAAGACUCGCAGCUGGGCACUGUCAUCGCAUUAAUUAACGUUAGAGACCAAGAUUCUGGAAAAAACGGCGAGGUGACCUUGCGGAUUCCUGCGGGGUUGCCGUUUAAACUGAACUCCCCCUUUGCAGGGCAUUACACUGUUGUAACUGACAGUGUGCUAGACAGGGAGAUGGUGGCUGAGUACACGAUUGUCCUGACCGCCACGGACGCGGGGUCGCCACCCCUCUCGUCUCAGACCACCUUUGUGGUGCGCCUCUUGGAUGUGAACGAUAAUGCCCCGGUCUUCUCGCAGCCGUCCUACAGCGUAGAUGUAGUGGAGAACAAUGCCCCUGGGGCUCUCCUCCUCGCCGUGUCAGCGUCAGACCCUGAUGCUGGGGAAAAUGCUCGUCUCUCGUUCUCCAUUUUGGGGGGCAUGGUCCAGGGCUCACCCGUUUCUUCGUAUGUGUACAUCGACGCGGAAAGCGGGCACCUCCAUGCUGUGCGCUCGCUGGAUCACGAGCAGAUAAAAGCAUUCCGCGUCGAUGUGCAGGUGCGGGACGGCGGGGCACCGGCACAGAGCUCCAAUGUGACUGUGCACGUGUUUGUGACGGACCAGAAUGACAACAGCCCCGUGAUCCUGUACCCACCGUUCCCCAAGGACACCGGCAUGAAUUUAAGGGUGCCUCAUUCAGCGGCAAGUGGGUACCUCGUCAACAAGAUCGUAAGCGUAGACCCAGAUAGCGGGCACAACGCCUGGCUCUUGUACAGCAUUGCCCCUGGUCCGCAUGCCAGCCGCUUCCGCAUUGGUUCCCAUACGGGGGAGCUAAGGACGGUCCGGAGGUUGGGUGUAGAGGAAGAGGAAGGGUCCGUGUUCAACAUUGUGAUUGUGGUGCAAGAUAAUGGGAAGCCCUCACUCUCCACCAGUGUGUCUGUUACCAUCACUGUGGAAGAGAAGAGCUCACCUGCUUUCACUGACUCCAAGAGGGUGUCUGCCAGCGGGGGCAUGGCUGAUGUGACCCUCUACCUCAUUAUCUCCCUGGCCUGCGUGUCAGUCGUGUCCUUUGUGACAGUGGUGGUGCUGGUGGUGCGUUGCCUGCGGCGAGGUGUUGAACCAGGCUGCGAGGGCUCUUGUGGUGAUGCUUGCUGCUAUAGUCGCCGCAACCUGCGUUCCAGGUACGCUCAGCAGCGUGCCCACAAGAACCUCCACCUUCAGCUCAACACCGAUGGACCCAUCAAAUAUGUGGAGGUGGUGGGAGGGCCGCCGGAAGCCAACACCCACACCUACAGGCCCUGCUACUCCACCCUGUCCAGCCGGAGUGACUUUGUGUUUGUAAAGACACCCAUGAUGAGCCACAACAACACAUUGAAUAUGACACUGUCCAGAAAACACUUACUUACCACAGCCAAUGAGCAAAAACCCCCCAAUGCCGACUGGAGAUUUUCCCAGAACCAGAGACCUGGACCUAGCGGUCGUUGCAAACAGAACACCACACAGAUGAGAUGGACGACCAAUGGGAGAACGAGAGCUGCUGGCCCGCCUGAGGCCGCCGUAGGGACCGGACCCUGGCCCAACCCCCCCACCGAGGCCGAACAGCUCCAGGCUCUGAUGGCUGCUGCCAAUGAGGUAAGUGAGGCUACGGCUACACUGGGCCCUGGCACCAUGGGCCUGAGCACCCGGUACAGCCCCCAGUUCACCCUGCAGCACGUCCCUGACUACCGCCAGAACGUCUACAUCCCAGGUAGCACUGCCACCCUGACAGCUAACCCCCCGCAACAGGCCCUGCCCCCUCCCCAGGCCCAGGCUGCACCCCCAGCUCAAGCUGAUGCUCCUAAGCCUGCCCAGACCCCUGCUAGCAAGAAGAAGUCGGCUAAGAAGGAGAAGAAAUGAGCAUGACCCACAUGGCACUUGGCUGUGAAGCGAGGAUCCUUAAAUAGGGCAUCGACGUCCUUUUUUUUUCUUUUUUUUUUUUUGGCUGGUUUUCAUUUGCUGUUAGGUCUACGUUGCAGAGUGAUGUAGUGAGCUUACACGUUUCUGGAUCCAUUUAUGCUUACUUUUUAUGUUUUUACUCACGUGUUAACAACUUGUAAUGUGCAUAUAUCUUGCUAUAUGAAAUAUAAGACUUUCUUUUAAUGCAGGUAUUACUUAAGACAGGAGGGGGGAGGGGCAAUGAAGAUGAUCUUUAACAUAGAAUCUGAAGGGAUUUUUAUGGUAAAUUCAAAUGAUACAACUCAACAGGGAUGUGAAGCUUUUGCCCUGUUACUCAGUAUUAGAAAUAUCUUUUUACUCAACCAGAGUGAUGUUGACAUUUCUGUUUGUUACGAGAUGCACAGUGGAUGCCUCUCGUGCUGGGAAGAGGGACAUGUUCUAAGGAGCGGCUUCAGUAGUUCUUAGUAACAAAAUAGACAGGCAGGAUUACAUGAGCGAUCUUUAACGACAGACUAAACCACAGAAGGUGAACUAUGCAUUGCAUAUAGCGAAAAUGUCCUUUACCUGUAAGGAGGAAGGCUUUUCAACAAUCAAAAAGCAACUGUAGCAUUAACUUGAAUUGCAAAAAAAAAAAAAUGCAUAUGCAUAGUUAAUCUCAAGAAAAAAAUUGGCUAACAUUUUUAAUUACCCAGUAUAUGUCUCCUGUGUGCUCCAGGGGAUGCUGUAGUGCCAACGCUAUCGGGUCACUAGCACUCUCUGGGGUGGGUGUGAUGGGCAGGGUCCUUGGCAGCUGCUCCGUUGGGCAUGCUCAUCCCUCUAGCUGUAUUUGCCUCUUUGCCUCCAUGUCCACUGCAUGCUGCCCACCUCACCUGCACUUCUUAGGGAGACGAGUAAUGCAAAUGUUCUGGUUCUACACCUGUCUGAGGUGAGCAAAGCCUAGGGGGGCUUGAAAGCUGAGGUACAACACAGCACUGCUGGGUGCGAAGACCAAUACGCCGCCGGUACAGUUAGGAUGAAGGGCAUUGACAUGUAGCGUCCCUAAAUUACUGCCACUUGCCUAAUUUUAACUUGAAUUAAACCUGUACCUACAUUUUUGCUCCAAAUCAUAAUUGUGUUCAUACAGAACAAGGAUUACCAAAGGAAAUUAGACAUCCAAACCACCUACUGUUAUGUUCGGGAUACUAAGCAGGCUGUACUACAGUGAACUGCUACAUGUCACUGACAGCCUGUAGGUCACACUGCUGUAACAGGCAGUAUAUAGCAACUUGGCAGACCAGUUGCUCGUAUAAUCAAUCAUACAAACAGGGACACCGGCACAAUUAAAGGCCUGUUUCUCAUUGACUUUCUAAGGAUUCAAACUAGUGUGGUAUUUCGAUAGAUACAAUCCGUGCCGCACUUUUGCCCACAUCCCGUGACUUGAGGCCCAUAUGCAACGCAGGCGCUGCCUCAUCCAGUGUUGUGCCAUGUUCUGGCCCAGCGGUCUUGCCCACUCUUGGCUCAAUGAUAGAGUUACGAAAGGUUCGAGACCUCCCUAUGCUGCCCUAAGUUUAUGACCCUGGCCACAGCAACCCACCCCGUUCUGCAAUACCAUCACAUCCCAGUGUAAAUAUAAUCAAUCAUGUGAACCAGAUGUCUGUAUGAAUCACAUUUAAUGAGUUGAUGUUGAAGAUUAAGGCCCCAUCAGUGUGGCUUAACUACUGGAAUGUGUUACUUUUUUUAAUUUAGGAAAAAAAAUUGAAAUGUUCUACAAAUUAAGUGUAGUCAUGUAGUAACUAAGCACCCAGAGGACUGAUUAACCCCCAGUGUAAAUAAGACACAAAUGUAGAGUAGGAACUUGUGGCCUGUGUUUUUCUCUAUUUUAACAAUGACUUACAAAAACAUACAUUUCUAGCCAUCCGUAUCUUUCUCUGUGUUUGUGGUUUCUCUUUUGUGUUUGUCCUGAAGGAAUGCCUCUACCAUAGACAUGAAUAUAUAAAUAUGUGUGUGUGCUGAUGAACUUGUCCAUAUUCUACCAGAAUAUCUUUCUUAAAUGCUUAGAUAAGCGCUCCUGUGUAACUCUUAUUUUAUAUGCUAAUAUUUAUAUUGCCGUUUUAUUUUCUCUCGAACACUGACAUUUCAAAUAAAAGGUCCCUCUGAA